AUGGAUUCCUUUGGCACUGAAGACAUGGCAGCUGCCUUGCCUGAGGUUGUAGAAGCUACAGAAGCCACAGAGGUCAUCAGCCGCCUCGAUCAGGAAGCCGCAACUCUCGCUCGCGAUAAGGGCUGGACAGAGCCCGAAAAAUACGACUACUCGCGAUAUGCUGGUCCCACUGACGAUCCAGCUGACCGUCCCUCUUUCGAUGCAACCCCUUGGGCCUCUGAUGCUCGCAAGUAUGAGUGGAAAGAGGAGUACGGUGAGGUCGGGCCUGAAGACGAAGAGCUCGAGAAGAUUCUCUAUCGUCAUGACCUGAUCAACCGUGCUGGUGUGAAAUUCGACAAUCUUAGCAGCAUCAAGGUGGUUGUAGAAGCUGUUGAAAAACUUUCUCCGAUCGCCCGCUUUGCUGAUGCUGGUUUGCAUCCCAUCAUGGAGAAAAAUGUGAGGUUGUGUGGCUACACAAUUCCAACUCCCAUCCAAGCAUAUGGUAUCCCCGCCAUCCUCGAGGGACACGACUUGCUGGCUGUCGCACAAACUGGCUCUGGCAAGACUGCAGCAUACUUGAUCCCAAUUCUAUCGAAAUUGAUGGGAAAAGCCAAGAAGCUAGCCGCUCCUCGCCCUUAUGUCACGGAAGGCUUUGAUCCCAAGGUUCAGGGAGUUCGUGCCGAACCAUUGCUUUUGGUCAUCGUGCCUACUCGCGAGCUGGCUUGCCAGAUCUUUGAUGAGGCACGUCGUCUUUGCUAUCGCUCAAUGCUUCGCCCUUGUGUCGCCUAUGGUGGUGGGCCCGUCUCCCACCAACGCAUGGAGCUACAGAAGGGAUGUGAUAUCCUCAUUGGCACUCCAGGACGUCUCAUUGACUUCAUGGGCCAAUCUCACAUCCUUUCAUUGAAACGCGUUCGUUACACCGUCAUUGACGAAGCCGACGAGCUCCUCAGCACAGACUGGGAGACAGAAUUUGCUCAGCUCCUGACAGGUGGAGACUCUAACGAGGAUGCUGAUCACCGCUACAUGAUGUUCUCGGCUACUUUCAACAAGACGUGCCGUCAAGUUGCCAAAAAGUACUUGGAACAUGGAUAUGUGCGUGUCCGUGUUGGUCGUCUCGGGAGCAGUCAUGCGAACAUCGAACAGCGGGUGGUCUAUGCAGAUGACUCGGCCAAGCAGCAGUGUCUUUACGACCUGCUUCUUUCUAUGCCUCCCGCUCGCACUCUCAUCUUCGUCAAUACCAAAGCGCAGGCGGACCGGCUCGACGACUUCCUGUACAAUCGAGGACUUCCUAGCACGUCUAUUCACUCCGAUCGUACUCAGCGUGAGCGUGAGGAUGCUAUGUCGGCGUUCCGUACAGGAAAGACCCCCAUCCUCAUCGCGACCGGCGUCUCCUCUCGCGGCUUGGACAUCAAAAAUGUCAUGCAUGUGAUCAACUACGACCUCCCUAGCUCGGAUCAAGGGGGCAUUGAUGAAUAUAUCCACCGUAUCGGUCGUACCGCACGUAUUGGCAACGAGGGUAUCGCUACGUCUCUCUACAACCACGAGAAGAACACCGACAUUGCGUCAGACCUCGUGAAAGUCCUGCUGGAGAACAAACAGGCGAUUCCCGACUUCCUCGAAGAGUUGAAACCCGAGGGUGAGCUUGUCUUCGACGAUGACAACAGCGAAGAGGACGAGGAAAACCAGGAAGCCACCGUCGAUGCCGACCCUCGUUCCACCGAGCCUGCUGUGGCCGAAGAGUUCGCUGAGCCAGUCGCUGCGUCUGAUGAGUUCUCUGCACCAAAGCAGGAGACUACCGUCGAGGCACCUGCUGCCGCUGAUGAUGAUUUUUCCUGGUAA